AGUAUUUAUAAUCUGUGGUAUUUAGGGACAUGUCACGUCAACUUUUCACGGAAAACGAAAAUAAUACACGAUUUACAGUGUUUUCCCCGAUUAUUAAUUGAAAAUACAAUAAUUAUCCGAACUGCUAAGAUUCAGAGAUGAACUCUGCAACCCCAGGUGUGCCGCAGGUGCCGCUGCUGGAUGACGACACCCUCGCGUUCGGGGAAGAGGACAAUGCGGGGAAGAAAUUUAUCCACCCAUACAUUGUGUUCUUCCACCUGGUGUUCCGCUGCUCCGCCAUCGUGGUGUACAUCCUCUGCGGAUGGUUCUCCGAUUCCUUCAUAGCGUCCUUCGUGCUGGUUAUCCUGCUGCUGUCCGCUGACUUCUGGAGCGUCAAGAAUAUUACUGGCCGUCUUCUCGUGGGUCUGAGAUGGUGGAACUAUGUUGAUGACGAUGGAAAAUCGCACUGGGUCUUCGAAUCCAAGCAGAACCGUGUGAACCGCAAUGAGAGCAGACUAUUCUGGUUGGGACUGAUCCUGUGCCCUCUCGUGUGGAGCGGCUUCUUCCUCAUGUGUCUCUUCACGCUUAAAUUCAAAUGGAUGCUCCUCGUACUAAUCGCCCUGACCCUCAGCGGGGCGAAUCUGUACGGCUACAUCAAAUGCAAGUUCGGGGCCAAAGAGAACCUACAGUCAGCCACAACCGACUUCGUGAGGAAACAGAUACUUCAAAACGCAACGUCGUUCAUGUUCUCGCAACCUUCUCCGCCGAAUGCGGCUGGUGGAAAUGGUACUGGCGUAGUUUAAGCAGUUUUAGAUUCUAACUGAAUGAAUAUAGGGGUGAUUUUUUCCAUAAAUGUGUUAAGAAAGUGAUACAACAAAACGAGAUUUGUUUAUGUUCUCACAACCUUCUCCGCCUGUUGAAGUAGGAAAUAGUACUUGCGUAAAGCCAUUUUGGACUCUGAUUUAAGGGAUAUAAGGUUGAUUUCUGCCUUAAACGUGUAAAGAAAAAGAUGAUACAGACGCAACGGGUAGGAAUAGUACUGCCGUAGUUUAACUAUAAUUUAAAGGGGCAGGGGUUAUUUUGCUAUAAAUAUGUAGUCUGAUGUUCUUGUCAGUAAAAACGAAAGAUACUUUGAUUGAGUAAGAUGUAUAGGGACCGUGCGCGUUGGAGGGUCUGCCAUCUUAUGGCCUGAAUCGGAACCAUAAACAUGCAUAUGAUGUACACGUGACGUGUUUUCUUGUGCAUAGUAGGUUCUGCCAUCUUGUGGGCUACAUCGGAACAAAAAACAUCACAUUUACGCCUCGCGCCAAAAAUCUGACGGCUCCUGUGCUGCCUCCUACAGUUCAUGCACGUUCCCUAUAUAAUUUAAGACAAUUUCAUACUUCGAAUUUGCGGUAACUCUAAAAUUGACGUUUGACAAUUCAGUGACCGCAAUACAUAUAGCGCAGUACAGCGCCAUCUGUUUUGGAUGUGAAACAAAGGGGCACGUUUUUUACUUAGACUUUACCUCUCUAUUACAAUCAAUUAAUUCUGUUUGAUAAAAACUGAAACAUGUUCUAUUGGUCUUUAACACAUUUUUGGCUCGAAACCAUCUUUACCAUUAUGUUUUCUGUGUAAAUAAAGUUCCUUGAUCUUU